AUGAUAAAGAAUGUAAUUGAAAAUCAUCAAAAGACCUAUGAAAAUAUAUUUAAUGAUCUUAAAAAUAGAACUACUAAUUCAAAUGCUCAAUGUCUUCUUGAAUUUUUUUAUUUUAAUAGAAUUGGAACUGUAAAACAACUUAAUACAGCAUUCGAAAAAUUUAACGAUGUUGCUAAUAAAAAUAAUGAUAUAGGAAAAUUUUACCUUGGAGAGUGUUUUAGAUGUGGCUAUGGAACUAAAAAAGAUCCAAAAAGUGCUAUAAAGUGGCAUGAAGAAGCAAGAAUAGAAUGUGCAAGAUCCACUGAU